AUGUGGGGCUUUCAGAUUACCAUGGAUAAACAGAAAGUUUGGGUGCCAGACCCUGUUGAAGGGUUUUUACUCGGCAAAAUUAUUGACCUUGGACAUGAUGGCGAAGCAACAGUCCAGUCAUUGAAUGGGAAGCAGCUGAAAAAGAAUGUCAGCCUAGAACAAGUGCACUAUGCAGAAUUAGAUGAUAACAAGGAUGUGGAAGAUAACUGUGCCUUGAUGUACCUGAACCCUGCCACUCUUCUUAAUAACAUUCGACUUCGAUACAAAAAAGACAAAAUUUAUACCUAUGUGGCCAACAUACUCAUAGCAGUGAACCCUUACUUUGAAAUUAAAGAUCUCUAUUCAUCAAACACAAUCAAGAAAUAUCAAGGAAAAUCAUUGGGUGUUUUGCCACCUCAUGUAUUUGCAAUAGGUGACAAGGCAUUUCGUGAUAUGAAAGUACUGAAACAAUCCCAAUCUAUAAUUGUGUCUGGAGAGUCAGGUGCCGGUAAAACAGAGUCAACUAAGUACCUUCUAAGAUACUUAUGUGAUUUAUGGGGAUCUGCUGCUGGACCUAUAGAACAAAAAAUUCUUGACGCAAAUCCAAUUAUGGAAGCAUUUGGUAAUGCUAAAACUACACGCAACAAUAACAGCAGCAGAUUUGGAAAGUUCAUGGAAGUUCAUUUUGAUAGUCGUUGUCAAGUGGUUGGUGGUUACAUUUCUCACUACCUUCUGGAAAAAUCAAGAAUAUGUACACAGAGUACAGAUGAACGCAAUUAUCAUGUGUUCUAUCUGUUGUGUGCUGGUGCUCCAGAGAAAUUAAGAAACCAACUCAAUAUUACAAAACCAGAUGAUUUUCAAUACUUGAAGAAUGGGUGUACACAAUACUUCACUUCUACAGCUUCCGAGAAGAAAAUUAACAAUGCCCAGAAGAGUAAAUCACAGCAAGCCAAAGGUUCCUUACGUGACCCUUUGUUGGAUGAUGUUGAAGAUUUCAAAGCAAUGGAUGAGGCUUUAGGGCGAUUAGGAAUGAGUGAAAAUGAACGUCUUGAUGUAUACAGUACAGUUGCUGCAGUCUUACAUCUAGGAAAUGUUGCCUUUGAAGAUAAUCCAGAAGAUUCAAAGGGUGGUUGUAGAGUAUGUGCUGACUCUGAGAAGGCCUUGAGCCAAGCUUCAAAAUUAAUGGGAGUGGACCCAGAAGAGCUUCGGCAAGCCCUUGUAUCAAAAGUAUUGCAAACAAGCCGAGGAGGGGUAAAAGGAACAGUAAUUAUGGUUCCCUUGAAAGUAUAUGAAGCAAAUAAUGCAAGAGAUGCCUUGGCAAAAGCCACUUACAGUAGGCUAUUUGAUUACAUAAUUUUACGAAUCAACAAAUCUAUUCCCUUCAAAGCAUCUAGUUAUUAUAUUGGAGUUUUGGAUAUAGCAGGAUUUGAAUACUUUACUGUGAACAGUUUUGAACAGUUUUGCAUUAACUAUUGCAAUGAAAAGUUGCAGCAAUUUUUUAAUGAAAGGAUAUUGAAAGAUGAACAAGAGUUGUAUCAAAAAGAGGCCCUCAAUGUCCCAAAAAUAGAAUAUCGUGACAAUCAGGAUUGCAUUGAUCUAAUUGAAACAAAAGGAGGAGGAAUUUUCAGUCUCCUUGAUGAAGAAUCAAAACUGCCAAAACACAGUGCUCAGCAUUUCACUAUGGAAGUGCACAGGCAGUGGACAUCACAUUUCCGAUUAGCUCUUCCAAGAGCUUCAAAACUGAAAGCACAUCGAGAAAUUCGUGAUGAUGAAGGUUUCAUGAUCAGACAUUAUGCUGGAGCUGUUUGUUAUCAAACUGCCCAAUUUAUUGAAAAGAAUAAUGAUGCACUUCAUGCUUCUUUGGAAGGCUUAGUUCAAGAAAGUAAAAAUCAAUUCUUACAUGGUCUGUUUGCCACAUCAUCUCUUGGACAAAACAAAGGUAAACUGACUUUCGACAGCGUUGGUUCAAAAUUCAAGUCUCAACUUAGCACACUUAUGGAAAAGCUAAGGAGCACAGGGACAAACUUCAUUCGGUGCAUAAAGCCAAAUCAGAAAAUGGUUGAUCAUUUGUUUGAAGGAGGUUCCAUUCUAUCUCAGUUGGAAUGUUCAGGAAUGACAAGUGUCCUAGAACUCAUGCAGACAGGAUUUCCAUCUCGUGUGUCCUUUGUAGACUUGCACAAUAUGUAUAGUAAGAUAUUACCCCCGAAACUUGCAAAAUUGGAUCCACGAACUUUUUGCAAGGCAUUACUUCGAGCUCUGGGUAUGACUGAAAGUGAUUAUCGUUUUGGUGUCACCAAAGUGUUCUUCAGGCCAGGAAAAUUUGCUGAAUUUGAUGCUAUUAUGAAAUCGGAUCCUGAGAGUCUUUCUGCUAUGGUUGCAAAGGUUCAAAAGUGGCUGGUGGUAUCUAAAUGGAAGAAGUCUCAGUGGUGUGCUCUCUCUGUUAUCAAGUUGAAAUAUAAAAUUCUGUAUAGAAGAGGUAACUUGAUUACAAUCCAGAAAUGGGUUAGAAUGUUCUUAGCCAAGAAACAACAUCAACAUCGCUAUCAAGGUAUUAUGAAAAUAAAUGGCCUGAAGGAAAAGUUGAAACGGAUGGAAAAUAUUAUAAGUCAAUUGAAAAAGGAUAAAGAAUCCAGUGUCAAUGAUUUGAAGAAAUUGCAAACUGAUAUGGAUGUUGCGGUUAAGAAGAUUAAGAAUGAAUCCAAAAUAACUUCAACUCAAGUGAAUGAAAUAUAUACCCAACUAAUGAACAAAGCUAAUACACAAAUGAGUCAGUUACAAUCAAAACUAGAACAACAAAAGGGUGCAGAAGAGAAAGAAAGGUUGAGGAAAAUACAAGAAGAAAUGGAACGGGAAAAGCAGCAUCGUGAACAAGAAGAACGCAAAAAGAGGGAAGAAGAAGAAAUGAGAAAGAUGAAAGUAGAAAUGGAAGCACGUAGAAAAGUAGAAGAAGAACAGCGUAAAAAACAGGAGGACUUAGAUCGAAAGACAGCCCAAGCUCUACAGGAGAAGUGGCAGAAGGAAGACAGCAGUUACAGAGAACGUCUAGAGCAAGAAAAGAGGGACCAUGAAUUAGCCCUUCGUCUCGCUCAGGAAACAAAUGAUGCUGUAGAAGAAAUCAAUAAUGUUGAAAAGAGAAGUCUUACUUCUGUUCAAAUUCUUCUCAUCCUGCGAGAUAUUCCGGAUGAUGAUUUUGAAGAAUACGAAAAUGAUGACUAUGAGAAUUUUGUCUACAUUUAUUUCCAACGGUCCCCUCUGGUGCGUUCCAUCCAGGAAGCACAGGGCAAGCAAAAGUACGAUCUCACAAAAUGGAAGUACUCAGAAUUACGAGACACUAUUAAUACAUCUUGUGACAUUGAACUUCUUGAGGCUUGCAAAAUCGAGUUUCAUCGUAGACUUAAAGUUUACCAUGCGUGGAAAGCUAAGAACAGGAAGCGUGCAAUUUUGGAUGAAAAUCAACGAGCACCAAGCUCCAUUUUGGAAGAAGGAAAUAAGCCAAGACAUGUUCCAAUGAAGAUGGCAGUUAACAAUGUAACACAACGAUACUUCCGAAUUCCUUUUGUAAGACCACCUGCAGACGGGCAAACGGGACGAGGAGAGAAACGUGGCUGGUGGUAUGCUCAUUUUGAUGGCCAAUACGUUGCUCGUCAAAUGGAGUUGCACCCUGAUAAACCAGCCAUUCUAUUAAUUGCUGGCACAGAUGACAUGCAGAUGUGCGAGCUAAGUCUAGAUGAAACUGGACUUACAAGGAAGAGAGGUGCUGAAAUUUUGGAACAAGAAUUUAACCGUGAGUGGGAAAAGCAUGGUGGAAAGCCAUAUGUUCGACCUGCAGAUAGAAAGAAAUAAUAGGUGUUCUUUUAUUGAUGUGAACAUUUCAAUUGCAUUGCGAGUGGAGAAUUAUGGAUUCUUCAUGGAAUCAUGAAGGUAUCAUCGUAUUACAUUUUUUAAAGCAGAGAAAGAGGGAAAUUACUGUAAAAAUGAUUUUAAAAUUUUAUUUUAAUUCUGAUUUAUAAUUACAGUAUUGCUUAAAAAUUGUUGUCAAUUUGCCUUCUUUCUGACUUGCAAUUUGAAACAGUUAUUGAUUAAGUUGUCAUUUCAUUGGGAAUAAAAUUGAUUAAUUAUAUAAGGAGAUUAACAAAAAAUCAUCAGUAAUAAUAUGGUAUCAUUUGAGGUCAUUUUUAAUUGUUGCUGAAGUGUUUUGCUUGUACACUGCUUGUCAGGAAAAUGUGAUGAUAGGAAAAACUGUGACUGGAUGUGAGUAAAAAUCAAAUUAUAUUUAUUGUGAUGCUCUGUGCAACUAAAAUCUGACAUUCAUAUUGUCUGUGUGGAUCUAACACACAAAAUACUAUUGUUAAAAUCUUCACAUGAGUUCUUUGUUGAAUAACUCCUACAAUGUUUGGAGUUAAAAUAAAAUGGAAUUAUAUGUAUUAUGUAUUGUAAAUUUUAUCAUGUGAAUAAAAAAAUUGUUUUACAGUUACAAUUUUUACUUUAAAAUUAUUUUUUGCUCUUGACAAAAG